AUGGCAGACCUAACGAUUGAACACGCCAAACGUAUCUUACAACGAGAUAUUAUCGCACCAACCGCUCUCAAAAAGUUUCGCAGGGAUAUCCUGAAGUCUUUAUGUCAAAAGUUCCAACUAUCUGUCCCCUCCACUGCCAAAAGAAACCGCGCAGAGCCUACCAAAACCGACUACGAGAAUGCUCUGAUAAAUUUUGUGUUGGGUAUGCAUGAAGAUAGUCAAGCCAAUAUUGAGAUGGGUAUUGAGACGGUGGCGGUCGAUAUGCGGAGCUUGCCUUUAGAACCUCUCCUGGUGGACAAAGACGAAGCUGCACGAAGUGUUCCUGAAGUUCCCCGUCGCAUACUCCGCGUACGACACUUUGAAGGGCCAAAAGACUGGUGUCACAGACAAGAGAUUGAUGUCGAGUGCAAUGACAACGGAGACCUCGACCUUUUCACAGUCCUUCAAAAGCUUCGCAUGAACGGAAAAGUCGUCGUUUUGGAUCCACAGAAGCUGCGGCCGUUUCUCGAGUACAAGGUGAACAUGCUCGAAGCUGACGACAUUGACUUGCUCUUCAAAGAUGGCUACCUACGUGUAAUCGGUGAGAGGACAUCAACCAACAAGAUGCUAAUGACCAUGAUACGACUCAUCUCAUUAUCUAGUUCAACCAGAAAAGCAUCACUGACGGGUUUUUCCUUGGGUUCCAACCAUAUUGAUUCCCCAUUGUCAUGGCGAGGCAGCCUGACAUCUUUCCACGUGAUCCUUCACACAGACCUUACCUUGGGAAUUUUAGAAUCCACCACUUCUGCGCUCGGGCAAGCUCUCCAUGAUUUCCAAGAAAAGCUGUGUCUGGCCUUUGAUACCAAAGAACUAAAGCGGGAAGCUGCAGCAAGGCAGCGUCAACAAGCCAAGAAGGCUUCAGUGCCUGUGAACAAAUCUGCACUGGCUGGAGCGGCAACCAGUAAUGACACCGAUAUAAACACUGCGACCGUAGAACCACAUACAAUGCAGGGUGCCCUCUCUUUGACUGAUAGUGCGGAUGGCAGCACGACCAGUCGAAAAGCAACACAGGCAAAACUACCCCCUGGGAGGCGCAAGAAAACCCUCAAUCUGAACACAUACAAAGCGCAUGCGCUCGGGGAUUAUGUUGAAACGAUUCAGAGAUACGGAACGACAGAUUCUUAUUCAACUGAGCCAUCGGAGCUUGAGCUUCGAAACCCAAAAUCUCGGUACAAGCGCACGAGUCGCAAGAAAUUCAUCAAGCAACUGACUGAGAUUGAGCGGAGGCAAGCUCAACUCCGCCGCAUUCGGCAGAAAUUAAACGCCAGGGAGGGUUUCAUGACAAAAUUGAACACCCACCUCCUACCUAGAGUCCAAGAAAGAUUAGAAGAGUUGCGGAAUCUUCAAGGCGAAACAAGUGCCUCAAAGCCCCCAAACAUUGGCCUCUAUGAGCAUACAAAGCAGCUGGCUUUGAACUCCAUCAUCAUCAAAGAUAACCGCAUGUACCUUCACAAACUUGCCCGGUUUUAUAACACCACCUACGAUGUGCGACGAUCCGAAGAUGUCAUCAACCCAGGGACAUCCCACCGUGACGUCAUGUUACUUUCUGAUCUGCUAGCCAGGAAUGAUUUCCUGACACAUCCAUUUCUAUAUGCACAAGUAUUGGGAAUAUACCAUGUCAAUGUCGUCUAUUCUGGACCUGGUAUGCUCAAUUAUGAAGCGAUGAGGUUUGAUUUCCUUUGGGUUCGAUGGUUCCAGGUUUGCACCAACGUGGCAGCUGCUGGAUGGGAAGCCUCUCGCCUGGAUCGGGUGUCAUUUCCUCUGGUGGCUGAAAUAGAUGUGUUUGGCUUUAUAAACCCUGAGCACGUUCUUCGAAGUUGCUAUCUAAGCCCAGUGUUCUCUGAGGGCAAACGUCAUCUGGAUGGACGUGGCCUUUCCAAGAUAGCAAAAGAUGGUCAGGAAUGGAAAGAUUACUAUGUCAAUAGGUUCGCCGACUGCGACAUGAUCAUGCGAUAUCACUGGGGCAUUGGAAUUGGGCAUAUGUAUGCGCAUGGCCAUAUAUCUGCAGCUCAGACCCCCUCCGAACCGAUCACAAAUUCAGCACAAGUGGCUCCAAAUCAAAACAAUGGAGAAAACUGGAAUGAAAUGGGUGGUUACGGAGGAUAUGAAGGUAGUCACGAUGGUUCAGAUUUGGAUGAAUCAGAACUUGGCAUGGAUGAUCGCGAAGAUCCUAACUUGGAUGCUAGUUCAGAAUCUGGCUCCGACAAGGAUGGAGCCCCUUAUGACGACCAGUCUCAGGACGAUGACGAAGAGUUUCUAGAAUUAAAUGACAUGUACUAUUCCUGA